AUGAAGCACGUCGUCAGAUCAAUUGCUACCGGGUCUCUUGCUCUGGCUGCUCAAGCUGCACCAAAGCAUUCAAUUCACAAUUCGACACAUAAUAUCGGGCUGUCACAUUGGCCAUCUGAUCAAGCAACAGCACUAGACCGCAUGAUCUCUCUCAAUGCCAAUCAGUCAAACUUUGCACUUUUUGACGCGGAUAACACUAUAUGGAGGUACGACAUCGAGGAGUCUUCCUUGCCCUACCUGGAAAACCUGGGGGUUAUUACUCGCGAAACUCUUGACCCGUCUUUGAAGUUGAUCGAUUUCAAAGACACCGCCAAUUAUACCGAGACUCUGCAUGGUUACUACAUCCGUCUUUGUGAGAUUGAUGACGCAGUGUGCUACCCAUGGGCUGCUCAAGUAUACGCCGGUCUUUCAAUUCGCGAGCUAAAGGGUCAUAUUGACAACUUAAUGGUCUUAAACACGACCAUUCCCACGUCGUAUUGGGACGGAGACAUUGUGGUACAAACAGAAAUCAACCCACCAAAAAUAUACAGUGGCCAAGUCGAGCUCAUCAAUAAGCUCGCAGCCAACGGUAUCACUCCGUACAUCGUCAGUGCUUCAAACGAGGAAGUAGUACGAAUGGUCGUUUCUGAUCCCAAGUACGGGUUCAACAUCAAGCCUGAGAACGUCCUCGGAGUUUCGGUCAUGAUGAGGAACAUCACCAGUGGCGACCUUACCACCUCCCGCAAGCAAAUCGGAGCUGGUAUUUAUAACGAGACUGCCAACUUGGAUCUCGUACUCGGAACAUAUCUUUGGACUCCAGCCACGUGGUAUGCCGGCAAGUGGGCUGCUGUUCUGACCUAUAUCGACAUGUGGAAGAAGCCCGUUCUCGCGGCUGGAGAUACUCCAGGGAGUGAUACUUACAUGCAAUUCAAUGUCGAUAUUGAUAAGGGAGGUGUACACUUGUGGGUCAACCGCACAUUGGAGAAGUAUGAGGCGCUGCAGACAUUGAUCACUGAGGCUGCUGAAGGACAAGCCGAGAAUGGAAUAGCUGUUACUGCAGACAAGAACUGGGUAGUUGUCUGGCCUGAGGAGAUCCUUUAG